GAUAUUUUAUAAUUAGCUGUCUUUAUUAUUUUGCUGGCAAAAAUAUUAUUUAAUUUAAAAAUUAUAUAUUUACUUUGGUUAUUUAAGAAGGGGCGAGGCUGAAUUAUGGUGGAGUAUUUGUUGAUAUUUUUUGGGACACGUUGCAAUUGGUAAAAAGUAGGCUUGAUUAUUGUCUCUAAUAAGAUGUACAGACAAGACCAGAACAUGAGCUAAAAUAUCCUCAAGUUAUAAAUGAUAGUUGUCACUGUCAGACGUCAGUGUCAUUGAUUUUACGAGUUAGGUCACAUUUUAUGAAAUAAAUACUUAUUAAAAUUUCAAAAAUAAUAAAUUGAGGUGAAAUUUUCUAUGACAGUUUAGACAAAGUAAACUUAAAAUGCUUAAAUCAGUGACAAAAGUACCUCAUAACGUUGCCAAAUUACAAAUGAAAAUUAAGUUACCUGAAAAGUUUAAAGGUACUAUAGUAGAGAAAUGGACAAACUAUUGGAAAAAUCUCUUCAUAGAUUACCGACAAAUGCUAAAAGAUUUACGCACUGAUAUACAAGAAGAACCUAAGAAGGCUCUCCUUUGGAGCACUGGAAUCGCAACUGCCAUUGCGUUAUGUCGUAACAAUCCCGACGAACUUGACUAUAGGAAUCAAAUUAAGAAAAUAACAAACGAAGUUAUUUUAGUGAGUGAGGAAUGUAGGAAUGUAAAUUCAUUGGAGCACUUAAACUAUGUGCAAAGAUGUUACAAUGAAGGAGUUAUCCAUUAUGCAAAUUUAGGAAUAUUAUCGUUUAUGUACAUCACUGAUUUAAAUGAUUCUUGCGAUCUGUUCAAAAAUCAGUGUUCAUAUUUAAAACCGUCAUAUUUAAGUUUAUAUUCUCGAAUUGUUGAUGUUGGAUUUAUUGGAAAAUGGUGGAAUCUACACAUUAAAACGACUAACUAUGAUGUUAACAUUUAAAAGUACCCAAGUGUUAGGAAUCUUAUCAAGGGACAUGAAAUCUUAUGUCUCAAACAUGUAAACUUGUAUAAUCUACUAAUUAACAUCUGGCUGACCAGAUUAAAAACUAUUUUUUUCAGGAAUAAAUAUUGAGUCUUCACAAAAUAUAUUAAUUUCAAAUACAGUACAGUACUUGUGUGGGCAUAUUAGAUGAAGGUAGAAAAACUAAUGAAACCCGAUGAAAUAUUAAUUGAAUUUAGACAAACAUAAACCAACUUUGAUGCUUUUGGGUGCAUCACGACUUUUCCUUGACUGGGGUUUCAUCCACCAACCAUUUAUAUCCAGCCUUGGUCAUAUCGAAAUGCUUAUAUUUCAAUAUUUUAAUCACUUAUUAUGCUUGUAAUAUCAAUGGUAGUAUCAGCGUUGUCGAAUUUUUUUAUUACAUGUUAAAUUAAAAAACAUCUUAGGAGAUAAAAAUUUUAAUGUUAAUGGUCAGUCUAUUCAGCCAAACCUAACUCAAGUGUAUAAGUCAAAUUUAUGUAUAAAUGUAUAUUUACAUUAGGUUUUAAAAUAAAACAUGUUGAUGUUGAGGAAGUGGAUGUAUUCUGUUUUA